AUGACGCAGGAAGAGAAAGAGUGGGAGAAGGUACAGGAGAAGACAUUUACGAAGUGGGUGAAUGAUAAGCUGAUUAAGAGCGGAAACAAAGGAAUAGAGAAUAUAUUUAAGGAUCUGUGUGAUGGAGUGAAGCUAGCACGAUUGUUAAUGGCACUUCAGGAAGAGAGUGUAGAGUACAAUUCUGAACCUUACACUAGGAUACAGAAGAUGGAGAAUGUGGAAAGGAUUCUUAUGUUUAUUAAGAGGAAGAAUGUGAAACUUAUUAACAUUGGGCCUGAAGACAUUGUUGACGGGAAUCCGAAGCUUAUACUUGGGCUUAUUUGGUCUUUGAUAUCGAGGAUGGCAAUUGCAGACAUAGCACUGACUGGGGAUCUUUCGAUACGAAGUGAGCUAUUGAGAUGGUGUAAGGAGGUGACGAGUGGAUACAAAGGCGUGAGAAUAAACGACUUUUCGCGAAGCUGGCAGGACGGGAUUGCAUUUAAUGCAAUAAUUCAUAAAUUCAGACCGGAUCUUAUCUGUAAUUUUGAAGAGCUUGAAGGGCUUGGGAGUGUGUAUAAUUUACAGCAGGCAUUUAAGGUUGCUGAACAGCACCUAGGGAUAAAGCGACUGCUUGAUGUUGAGGAUGUGGCAGAUGUUGCUAUUCCUGAUGAGAGGAGUGUGAUGACAUAUGUUGCAGGAUAUUAUGAAAGGUUUAAGGAGUAUGAGCAAGAGAAGCGUUUUUUUAAUAAGAUGAUGAAGGUGUUGAGCAUGACUGACUGGUCGAUUCAAUCAAGGAAUUUGUAUGAAAUCAAAGCAAAAGGAUUGCAGGGAUUGAUAAAGGAAUUAGUUUUACAGAGGAAUGAGGUUUGUUCAAUGAUUAGAAAGCUUGAUGAAUCGUUCUCAAGGUUAUUGGAGAUGAACACAAAUGCAAUACAAGAAGCAGCAGGGCUUAGAUCUCUACUUGGAAGUCUGAGUGUGAUUCAUGAAGCUUAUAUGAUGAAGAAGUAUAUUCCUCCAGAUGAGGUGAAGCCUGAGAGAUUGGAAUUCCCAAGGCUUGAGCUACGCAAGAUUGCAGAUAGCAUUGGGAUGAAGAAGAUAUUUGAUAAUUCACUGCAGAAUGAGAUGGACGGAUUGAAUGAUAUGCUUGAUAAGUUUAAGGAAGGAUUUUCAGAGGAUAAAGGAGUACAAAAGCAGAUGGAGAAUGCCAUUGAGCUAAAGAAUGCACUGGAUGAAAUGAAAUGCAUACAUCAAGCUACAAAUGAUCAUCACGAUAAGCUAAAGGACGUGGUUGAGAAGAAGAUUGAGGUUCUGAAGAAAGUGGAUGACAGAAGUAUGGAGCGAAUAAAGAUGCUCGGGAAAGCAAAGGAACUUUUUACAAAGACUCUUGGAAAUGAUGAGUAUGGAAUAAGCAUAUCGGGCAUGUGCUGGUGCAUGAACCAAAUGGGACUUUCUGUGGAUGAGAGCAUGAUUCCGUUUGGAAAUCCUGAAGGCAAGAUAUGUCUAGAUGAUUAUCUAUUGAUAGUGAAUGAGACAUAUAACAGCUCGUUUGACUUGAUAGAGCUAAAGAAGGCCUUCAAUGUGUUUAGUAAAAAUGGCAUACUUGAUCUUACGAUGCUUGGGGUUGAUGCAAACAACCUCAAGAACAUUUACCAUAUCAACAGAAACGAGCGAAACCUUGAUGUUAAUGAGUUCUUUGAGAAGUUCAUUGAAAAUUAA